GUAAAGUGCCCUGUGCCCUUCACUCCAACAGACUCCCCGAAAACCUCGCCAACCCACAUCACGGCACCCAGCAUGCAUGGUGCAGCUGCCAAGGAGAAGGCUUCUCCUUGUAUCUAUCCUCACAGCCAUUGUACUAGUCUAAUCCCUUCCUUCUGAUAGCACUACCACCAUGUCGUUACCCAAAGCUUUACAGAAGCAGCAAGAGCUCCACAAUAACAGCCUGACGGCCGACCAGCAGAAAGCACAAAAGAGACCACGUCUGGAAGGCAAGCAGCAGCAGAUCAUUGACGACAUGGCACGGGGAAAGCUGUUACUGGAUGGCAGUGCUGCACCAGCUGCAGUGAAACCGGGUCGGCCCAAAGAGCUCCAGCCAUUUGCGUUUGGAGGAGCCAUGUAUACAUCCGUGGCAAAGCAUCUAUUCUAUUUUACGCGACCCGAGACUGAUGAUCCCCACAAAAUCCAUUCUUAUUUUACCGACGAUCACCCUCUCAUUGAUACCACCAGGAGUCAUGCUCAGAUCAAAGAAGCAAAGUCUAGUAGUCCAGAAAAUGUGUCGGCUUCUUCUUCUAAGAAAAGAGCAGCUGGCAUUUCAACUAUUGUUGGUAGCUCGGCCAAAAGAGUUCGCAAUAAGACAUGGAGCUCUGAUCUCAAGGUGAUUGCUGUCGAUUCAUACCUCAAGACACUCAGGAACAAUCAUCUGGAUGGUGGAGAUAUUCUUUGUGAUGCGGCUCGAAAGCUUAUGACUCCAUGUGUGAAAUGGCUCAAUGCAACAACUCCUGGCUUUGAUCAACUGCAAACAGCCCAUUUGCUUUCAUGGGUCAAAAAGUACAAAGAUGGUGAUGGCUCAUUGGGCGCUGUGGCCGAGGAUGGAAGAGCGGCUGGAAAUCAUGUUAGAGCCAGGAUGCAUGCGCAGAUCAAAGAAGCAAAGCCUAGCAGUCCGACAAAAUACUUUGACUUCGAAGAAAAGAGCAGCCGGUGUAACUAUU